GCACCAGUUAUUACAGCCCUCAGGACAGUACAGUAUAUUAUUAUGAGCUGAAGAAACCCUGCUGUAUUAUGAAGUUGGUUUGUGAGAAGUUAAGAGGCGAGACAUGUCCGACAGAUAGGCUGUCUCUCCUCUCGCCGCAAGACAGCCGGGACUCGACAUUUUUUGCAAAGACAGAGACACGAAGAGGACGCAGAAUGUUUAAAACCAGGAGGAUCCCGCUCAUCCUGCUCGACAUUACCUGUCUUAUCCUCGUUGGAAUUCCAUUUUGUGUCCUUAAUAUUCAACACAACCCGUUCAAACGGGGCUUCUUCUGUAACGAUGAGUCUAUCAGAUACCCCAUCAAAGAUGACACCAUAUCCUACCAGCUGCUGGGGGGAGUCAUGAUCCCAUUCGCACUGAUUGUGCUCAUCUGUGGCGAGUGUCUGUCUGUCUACUUGUCUCGCAUAAAAAAACAGUCUUCAGCUAUGAGCUACCUGACAUGCGUCUACAAAGCCGUGGGUAGCUAUUUGUUUGGAGCUGCUGCCAACCAGUCUCUGACAGACAUAACCAAGUACUCCAUCGGUCGCCUGCGACCUUACUUCCUGGCUGUGUGCAAACCAGCCUGGGACCGCAUCAACUGCAAAUCCGGGGGAUACAUUCAGAACUACACCUGCAAUGGAGACAAGUUCCUGAUAGACGAAGCGAGACUUUCCUUCUUCUCCGGUCAUUCGUCCUUCUCUAUGUACUGCAUGCUGUUCCUUGUACUGUACAUUCAGGCCAGAAUGAGGUCAGAGUGGGCGAGGCUCCUGCGUCCCACCAUCCAGUUCUUCCUGAUUGCAACCGCCCUGUAUGUGGGGCUUUCACGGGUGUCCGACUACAAACAUCACUGGAGUGACGUGCUGGCCGGCCUCCUGGAGGGUGGCAUUGUAGCCGUUCUCACUGUUUUCUGUGUGUCUGGCUUCUUCAAACAACCAGUUGCACCAGAGGUGACACAGGAGGAGGAGGAGGCCUCACACACCAGUUUACAGGAUAACCCUUCCAAUGGGAACCACUAUGGCAGCACAAACUGAAACUGUGGCCUUGUAGAUUGUUAUAACAUAGGGCCACAAUCCCAAAAAGCGGUGACGGAGGACCUAACACACAGCGCACCAAUGCACUGCAGGUCUUUGGCAUUAACAGCUGGCUGUUUCUAUGCAUUUCUUCCACAUAGUUUUACCCUGGAGCCAAUGAUUCUGCCUGUAGGCUUCAUCUUUUACCUUUGGUGUGGUGUGUAAACCUGGACUGUAGGAAAAAAAGUUCAUUAAGAAAACGGUGCUGGCACUUUACUCAAGUAAACAGAACAGAUGUUUCGAUCAGAUUUUUAGGUAAAUCCAACAUGAUACGGUGUUUAUAUAACAUAAUUUAUUGUGUCAUGGCCAGACAGAGUACAGUAUGUUGGAUUUACUCAAAAAAACGUAAUGAUAGCAUUCCUGUCUGACAGUGUGAGCUUGUUGGAAAUGUGGUUAGUAGUAUAUAUUGGUCUGAGGCUGUCACCAUGAAUGAAUGAAAUUCCAUUCACCCAGAAUAUAAUGAACGUCUGUGUGCACACUGUAAGCAGGCUUGUAGAAGGCCUGGUACCUGUGAAUAAGAAAACCUGGACUGUCCUUAAACAUAAAAUAGAGUCUGAGCUCAGAAAUAAUAUAUUUACUUUAUAUAUUUUUGAGUUUGCCUCAGUCAGAUUGUUGCUGCUACCUGCUCUAAAGUCCAGUCCCUGGUAUCAUUCCAUGUAAUAUGAUAAAUAAUUUUAUGAUUUAUGAUGGAAAAUGCAAUGCAAUGAUUUUAUUUUUUACUGUUUGUAUAAAGCUCUCUAUGUUUUUGCUCAAGCUAUAAACAAUAUUGUUGAGAGCAGUAUUGGGAGGCUGUGACAAAAUAAAGAGAAUUUCCAUUUUGCUACUUUGUUAUAAAGGAA